GCCAUCUCUCUGCAUAAACGCCCCGUCGUUAGCUCCGGACUGUAACGUAGCGGGGGGCAUCCUUCUCCCUGGCCCUACUCACAAGCUGUUUGCGCUCUGUGACUGGCUCUCUUCGUAUUAGGAGUGGCUGUGUCUCUUGGGCCCUGCAUGUCUUAGCGCGUCCGAUUGCAUCACUGGGCUCCAUUGGUCUGGUGGCAACACGCAACGGGCGCAGGUGAGCCACUCGUAUUUUUUCUCCGUUUGGUUCUAUACGGUGUCUGUCGUUUAGCCGGCUGCGUGUAAGACCUGUGGCAGGAGGGGCAGGGCAAGGCACCAGGAACUGGUGAUGUGCUGUCUAUAUAGAGAGACUGGUCCUCCGUGACACUCCCAUUGUUUUUCUUUUCCCCAUCAUCCUUUGCAUCUACAUUCGUUUGCAAGAAACCCUCUCUUCCUUCGUUUUUUUCUUCAUAAACAAUGGCUUUCAAGUCUCUCUCAACCACCGCCGUUGCGGUCAUCGCCAUGGGCGCCUCGCUCGCGUCUGCCCAGACUUCCACCUCUUGCGAUCCCACAAAGACCAACUGCCCUGCCGAUCCUGCUCUGGGUACCUCUGUUAACUGCGACUUCACAAAGGGCGCCUGCGAUGCCUUCAGCCUUGUCCCGGGCACCCAGCUUACCUACGGUGGCCAGGGCGCCGUCUUCUCCAUCUCGUCCACCCAGGCGCCUACCAUCGAGUCCAACAAGUACAUCUUCUUUGGCCGUGUCGACGUCCAGCUCCAGGCUGCUCCUGAGGCCGGUAUCGUGACCAGCAUCGUCUUUGAGUCAGACUGCCUCGACGAGAUUGACUGGGAGUUUGUCGGUGCCGACACUAGCAACGCGCAGUCAAACUACUUUGCCAAGGGCAACACUGCCACCUACAACCGCAUGAUCAAGGUCCCCGUUGCCAACGCCAUGAGCACCUCGCACCUCUACUCGGUCGAGUGGACCUCGGACGCCAUCAAGUGGUUCGUCGACAACAAGCUUGUCCGCACCGUUACACCUGCCGACGCUGCUGCUGGCGGCAACGGCUUCCCCCAGACUCCUAUGCGCAUCCGCGUCGGUACCUGGGGCGCUGGCCUUCCUACUUCUCCUUCUGGUACCCGUGACUGGGCUGGUGGUCUGACCGACUUCUCCAAGGCCCCCUUCAACGCCUACUACAAGAGCAUCACGAUCACCGACUAUGCUGGUGGCAAUGCCGCUGGCAACGGCGGCGUCAAGGAGUACACCUACGGCGACCGCUCUGGUACUUGGCAGAGCAUCCUUGUCGACGGAAAGAAGGCUACUGGUGGUAGCAGCAGCGGCGGCAACAACAACAACACUCCUCCUCCUGCUUCCAGCUCUGCUGUUGUUGUCCCCUCUUCUUCUUCUGCUCCUCCUCCCGCAUCCUCUUCUGCCGCCCCCCCUGCUUCCUCUUCUACUCCUCCUCCCGCCUCCAGCAGCGCUGUCACCUCUCAGACUGGUGCUCCUUCUACCAUCGUCACAUCUACCGUUGCUGCUCCUGGUAACAGCUCGACUACUGCCCCUGGCACUUCUCCCACCAACACUCCUCCUCCUGCUUCCGGCUCUACCAAGCUGGCUGUUGGUGGCGCGUUUGCUGCCAUUGCUGCCGGCCUCGUUGCCCAGCUCCUCCUUUAAGCAGUCACCUUUACGACUUGCUUAGGAACUAAUACUCUUUUUUUUACUUGCAUUGUUUUAUAUUAUACGAAUAUGAGCAGCGGUGCUCUGGAUGAAUAAGGAAACGAACGACAUGGGACAUUUUACAUAGACGAGCGGGGUUUUUUGCACAUGCAUAGCUAUUAUUUAGAUUUGUAAUUAAUGAAGAGACAAAAAGUCAAAACUUUUAUCAUAUAAGCUUCUGCCUUCUAUUUGCUUCCUUAAAUUCAA